AGGAAAUCUAAGAAAAACGCUAUGGCAAAGACAAUAAAAGCUAAGCCCACAUCAGACCAACCUGGAAGUCCAUAUUGCUCUGUCACACACUUUGACUCACUAGCUGUCAUAGACAUCCCUGGAGCAGACACUCUGGAUAAAUUAUUUGAUCACGCCGUGAAGUUUGGGAAGAAGGACAGCCUGGGGACCAGGGAAAUACUAAGUGAAGAAAAUGAAAUGCAGCCAAAUGGAAAGGUUUUUAAGAAGUUAAUUCUUGGGAAUUAUAAAUGGAUGAACUAUCUUAAAGUGAACCACAGAGUGAGUAACUUUGGCAGUGGACUCACUGCCUUGGGACUAAAACCAAAGAACACCAUUGCCAUUUUCUGUGAGACCAGGGCAGAAUGGAUGAUUGCAGCACAGACCUGCUUUAAAUACAACUUUCCUCUUGUGACUUUGUAUGCCACACUUGGCAAAGAAGCUGUCGUUCAUGGAUUAAAUGAAUCUGAGGCUACAUAUCUGAUCACUAGUGUUGAACUUCUGGAAAGUAAACUUAACACUGCAUUGUCAGAUAUUAAUUGUGUUAAGCAUAUCAUUUAUGUGGACAAUAAGACUAUCAAUAAAGCAGAAUACCCUGAAGGAUGUGAGAUUCACAGCAUGCAAUCAGUAGAAGACUUGGGAUCCAAGCCAGAAAAUUCGAGCAUUCCUCCAAAUAGACCAUCCCCUUGGGACAUGGCUAUCGUCAUGUACACCAGUGGAUCUACUGGACGACCAAAGGGCGUGAUGAUGCAUCAUAGCAAUUUGAUAGCUGGAAUGACAGGCCAGUGUGAGAGAAUUCCUGGACUGGGACCAAAGGACACAUAUAUUGGCUACUUGCCUUUGGCUCAUGUACUAGAAUUGACAGCAGAGAUAUCUUGCUUUACCUAUGGCUGUAGGAUUGGAUAUUCUUCUCCACUUACACUCUCUGAUCAGCCCCAGUCCAGCAAAAUUAAAAAAGGAAGCAAAGGAGACUGUACUGUCCUGAAGCCCACCCUCAUGGCUACUGUUCCAGAAAUUAUGGAUAGAAUUUACAAGAAUGAUAGCAAAGUCCAAGAGAUGAAUUAUAUCCAGAAAACUCUGUUCAAGAUAGGGUAUGACUACAAAUUGGAACAGAUCAAGAAGGGAUAUGAUGUACCAUUAUGCAAUCUGAUACUGUUUAAAAAAGUGAAGGCCCUGCUUGGAGGGAAUGUCCGUAUGAUGCUGUCUGGUGGCGCACCGCUUUCUCCUCAGACACACCGGUUCAUGAAUGUCUACUUCUGCUGCCCAAUUGGUCAGGGUUACGGAUUGACAGAAUCCUGUGGUGCAGGGACAGUUACUGAAGUUACUGACUAUAAUACUGGCAGAGUUGGAGCCCCUCUUAUCUGCUGUGAAAUUAAGCUGAAAGAUUGGCAAGAAGGCGGUUAUACAAUUCAUGACAAGCCAAACCCAAGAGGUGAAAUUGUAAUCGGUGGACAAAAUAUCUCCAUGGGCUAUUUUAAAAAUGAAGAGAAAACAGCAGAGGAUUAUUCUGUGGAUGAAAAUGGACAGAGGUGGUUUUGCAAUGGUGAUAUUGGAGAAUUCCAUCCCGAUGGGUGUUUGCAGAUUAUAGAUCGCAAGAAAGAUCUGGUGAAGUUGCAAGCUGGAGAAUAUGUCUCUCUUGGGAAAAUGGAAGCUGCACUGAAGAAUUGUCCUCUUAUUGAUAACAUCUGUGCUUUUGCCAAAAGUGACCAGUCCUAUGUGAUCAGUUUUGUGGUUCCUAAUCAGAAAAGGCUGACACUUUUGGCACAACAGAAAGGGGUGGAAGGAACUUGGGUCGAUAUUUGCAACAACCCUGCCCUGGAAGCAGAAAUACUGAAAGAAAUUAGAGAAACUGCAAACACCAUGAAAUUGGAGCGGUUUGAAAUCCCAAUCAAGGUUCGCCUCAGCCCAGAGCCAUGGACCCCGGAAACCGGUCUGGUAACUGAUGCUUUCAAACUGAAAAGGAAGGAACUGAAGAACCAUUACCUUAAAGACAUGGAGCGAAUGUAUGGGGGCAAAUGAAAUGCAGGUAGCUGAUAUACAGCUGUGUAGGAGGUGGCCGGGUGGUUUCUCAGUUCUAGGAUUUUAAGCCUUUGUUGAACUGUCUGCUAGAAUGUAAGGCAAA